UAUCACCAUGGACGACCUCCUCGACCUCUCCUGGUCCGAGCAGCCCAAGAAGCCGGUUAACAGCGCCGGCAUGGGCUCGGCGUUCGACAUGCUGUCCCGCCCGCAGGGAAACUACUACUCGGGCUCGACAACCCCCGCUGCUGCCUCCAAGCCAGCCUCCAACGCUGGCUCGUCUGCCAACCUCGCCGGCAUGCGGGGCACGCCAAGUCUGCGCACCGCUGCUUCCCCUCGCCCUCCACCCUCUGGUUCCGACGCUUUCUCAGAUCUCCUCGGCGGCGCGUCCUCGGGAGGCGCCGGCAAGACUCUCAGCAUGGCUGAGCGGCAAGCGCAGCUCGCCGCGCAGAAGGCCAAGGAAGCGGAGGAGGAGCGGAGCCGAUGGGGCGACGGCGCGUUCUGGGACCAGCUAGGCGGUGGAGCUGCCACGACCUCCGCACCCGCAGCGCAGACGCCCAUUGCUGCACCGCAGCCCGCCAAGCCGAUGAAUCUCGGCCCGGCGCUCCAACCCUCCUCCUCCGCGUCGUCGCGUCCGGGCUCGGCUAGACCUACGUCAGCAACAUCUGCAACCAGCGCGAAGAAGAACGCGGGGAGCUUUUGGGACAUGGACAGCGCGCUCGGGCAGCCCGGAAAGCCAGAGCCCAAGUCGCCACCAGCAGGCGGCAAGGGCUCGUUUUGGAACAUGGAGAGCGGGUUGGGCUCCCAGAAGAAAUCGCCCUCUCCACCAGCGAAGAGCGACAAGUACUGGGAAGACGAUUUGCUCAAUGGCGCCAAGGCUACCAAGGUUCCGUCCAAGAGCGCGAAGGACGAGAUCUCGUGGGACGAUGACGACGGACUCCUGGGCUCGGGCUCGGGAUCGAGGUCCAAGCCUGUUGCCGGGCCAGCCGACCCAUGGGACUUUGACGCGCUCUCCUCCAAUGUAUCCCCAGCUCAUGCAUCGAAGGACUACGGAGGCGACGACGACGACCUGCUUGGCGAGCUGGGGCGGCCUGUGCGUAAGCCCAGCCCCCGCGUCGAGCCGCAGGAUUCGCGAUCCCCCUCACGGCCAACCUCGCGGCCCGCAUCGCGCCCUAGCCCUGCACGCCCCAGCUCGCCUCCUCCCCAUGUCAUCGGCCAGAUCGUCGAGAUGGGCUUCCCGCCAGACCAGGCGCGCGCAGCGCUGGCGGCCACCGCCUCGGGCGAGGACGUACAGGCGGCGAUCGAGAGGCUUGUCGCAAGCCGGGGAGGCACCCCAGCCGCGCGCGACACUCGAGACGAGGAGGACGAGUGGGAUCGUGAGCGCCGCGCUGCUCGGCGUUACGAAGACGAGGAGCGGGAGCGGGAGGCUGCGCGCAAGGCGCGACACGCGGCACGACGCAAGGGGCCCAGCCGCGAAGCAGUGCGUCCCCGCGCAGAGGACUAUGGGGGGUCGAGUGGCACGGACGACCUCGCCAGGCAAGCGGAGCAGGUUGUUGCGCAGGCGCAGGAGUUUGGCGCGACUAUGCUCACCAAGGGCUGGUCGUUCUUGAACACGCAGAAGGAGAAGGCGUUGAAGGUGUACGAGGAGCAGAAGAAGGCGUAUGACGCGAGCCAUGCCCAAGAGGGACGCGGCAAGGCUCCUGCUCGUGCGCCGGACGGGCGACCCCGGUGGAUGGUCGAGGCUGAGGAGGCUGAGCGAGGCGGUCUGCCGCCAAGCCACGAGUUUGGGGACGCGUCCUUGGGCUUCAAGGACUCGGACGAUGAGGACGCUCCUAGGCUCAAGCAGCAGCAGGCAAAGCGCCCCGAAGCGCGGCCUGACAAUCGGCGGCAGCGCUCCGACGCCCCUCCGCCACCAAGCAACGCCGACCGCAUUUCCAACCUUCUCGGCGGUGAGCCGAAGAGCUACGUCUCGCCGCACCGACACCCGAAGAGCCGGGCGUCACCUGCGCCCCGUGCCUCGCCUGCACCGCGUGUGAUGACGCCUGCGCGCCCACCCUCGCCGCUGAAAGAGCGGACGCUAGUUUCGGCGCCAGCGAACGCGCUCUCUACAGCAGCGCAGCACAAGACAGUCGGCAACGAGCACUUCAAGCUCGGCCGCUUCGCCGAGGCCGAGGGCGCGUACACGCGUGCCAUCGCGGCGCUGCCCGCGGGUCAUUUACACCUCGUCCCGCUGCACAACAACCGCGCUGCGACGUGGCUUAAGCUGGGCGAGCCGGCGCGAGCGGCGGCCGAUUGCGGUGUGGUCAUCGAGCUUAUUGGUGCAGGAUACCACCCUGCCAAAGAGGCGCCGUUGCCCGCGACGCCCGAUGCGGGCGUGACGCUAGGCGACGCGCUCGUGAAGGCCACGGCGAAGCGGGCGCAGGCGCACGAGAUGGCCGAGAAGUGGAAGCUUGCGCUGGACGACUGGGAGCGCGUGCUGGGCUACGACGCGGCGCUGGGUGGCGCAUCGCUGAAGGCACAGGCGAGCGACGGCGUCCGGCGAUCCAAGAGCAUGCUUGGGCCAGCCGACCGGGGCGAGAGCGGGAGCGCGAAGCCGACGCCGCGCGCAACGCCCAAGCCGAAACCCCAAUCGCGGCCCGUCGACGUCGGCAGGUCGGCAGCGGUGAGCGAGCUGCGUGCGGCGGCCGCCGCCGCCGAGGCCGAGGACGAGCAGCGGCUGGCGCUCAAGGACGGCGUGGAUGCCAAGCUUGCUGCGUGGCGUACGGGCAAGGAGACGAACAUCCGCGCGCUGCUCGCGUCGCUCGAUCUCGUGCUCUGGCCUGAGGUCGUGCUCAAGGUCGGCAUGCAUGAACUCGUGACCGACAAGCAGGUCAAGAUCAAGUACAUGAAGGUCAUUGCGCGCCUGCAUCCCGACAAGGUCAAGGGCGCGAGCGUCGAGCAGCGCAUGAUGGCCAACGGGGUGUUCGGGACGCUGAGCGAGGCAUGGGCCGCGUUCAAUGCGUAAGGCUAGAUGAUAGAUGCAUUAAUCACGAUCUCGGUG